AUGGAUGAAAAUGGAUUCAUCAUUGUCAGGAAAAUAGGGCCACAUCUAGAUAAGGGGUGCGGCUGGCAGCUGUCACCUGUCCAAGAACUCUACUCUCUCCUGACAUCACAGCUCACACUGAACAACACUGAGCUGCAGUUCUUCCAGAUGUGCUUACCACCAUACACUUGUAUUUAUAUUUUAAUCUGCUGUGUGUUUGGAAUAAAAUACAACCUUGAGUAUGGUUUGAGGAGGCUGGUGUGUAAACAAAGUGGACUAAAUGCUCGUGACGUCAGUGCUCACCUGGUCCAGGUGAGGAUCUGCUGGGACGGGGAAAGAGAGACCGGGAUCGACAGGGAAAACGGGAUCGAGACACAGAGGGCGGGGAUCGGCUUGCAAUCCGGAGCAGAGCGGGUCGCAGGAGGCGACCUUGGCGGGGUCUCGCCUCCAGCAGCGUGUUAUGAUCCUUCAGUUUCAGUCAUGCAAGGUACUCGGCGGAAAGCUCCAUCUCAGCAGACUGACGGAGCGGUGGUGGGGAGCCACCACAGUUCCCCAGGCCUGCCACCAGUCUCCGUGGACUCCCUAACUCUGGAGGUUUACGAAGCAUCAACACCAGAACACAAACGAGCCCAGAGGAAAGAAAGCAAAUCGCUGGUAAAAAGUCACAACCGCAAAGCAGAUCCCAGAGACUCCAAUGGGAAUAACUCGGAAAACAUUGGGUUCAUCCCAGGGUCGGCUGAAAUUGCAGAGGAUUCGAGUGUGUGCGAGUCGUGUGGCUUGGGAACCUGUGUUACGUGGCAGACCGUCAAAGCAGUUUUCUGUUGUGUGGUGACUUGUGGAAUAUGUAAGGCAGACCCUGGGAGUUAUAAUCCAUGUUCGAGGACCACAGAGUCAUCGACAGAUGUUAAAGUCACUGAGACAGCCAAUUUAAGAUAUGUUUCAAACCCAACACAUGGGAUCACGCUGACUUGUGACCCCAACCCCAGUAAAAAGACUAACCUCGCAGGCAACAGUUUCAAUUAUUAUGAUAUCAAGCUGCGGGGGGAGGAGGUGAUCUGGACAAGAACAGUCGCAGUCUGUCCCGGACGUGUCGCAAGGACUUGCACAUCUACAAUUCUCAGAAUCGGAGAGCCCCGGCAGCACAUCGCCAAACUCUCACAAACGUCUUCCGAUGAGUUCCACUCCUUCCUGGAGGAGGAUCUGGAGAAUAAUGAACUGAACGGGUCAAUGUCCAGCGCAGAGCUGGAUGAGUACAUCAACAAGAAGCUGCUGGAGCUCUUCAGCAUUCACCAAAUUGACAUGUUGGCCCAGUGCACCUCUGACACCACCUUCAUCAGCAAGAGCAGUGAGAUCAGCGAGCUCAUUGACAGCAUCACCAAAGGCUACAAGAUCAAUGAGAAGGACGCAGAAUGCAGGAUAGUGACCGGGAUAGUCCGGAUCAGCACCCGGAAACCCAAGAAAAAGCGUAGCCCACAAGAGCCAAGUGAGGAAAGACUGGUCAGUCUGACCUCCACUGAUGCCAAACCUCAAACAGAGACUUUUCUACCAAGUGAUGAACUCAACCUGGAGAUUUCAGUUGUGGACCCACUCGAUUUGAAGGCGAGGCAGUUGCAGGGCCUGACCAUCCCAGAAUUGCGAAAAGAUGAUUCUCUUCAGGACACUGAGACUGAUUCGUCAGGAGCUCCACUGCUCAAAGUCUAUCUCUAGGAGCAGAGGGCAGACUUUUCCCCAAAUUCAUAAAAGGACAGGAUGGGUGGAUCCAGGACAGUCGUAUGGGAUCUGGUGGAAAGCAUGGAGCUGAAUCCCUUCCUCUCUGGGUCUUGGCUGUUUUUCAUGGUUAUGUUGUUCUCUCCCUCCCACCGACACCUUGGGGAUUUUCACUGGUUCGGGGUAGACUCCAAUUUCCAGAGUCCGCUACGACUGGCCUUUAAUGCAGCCAUUCUUCCACUCCUUUGCACCUUACUCCAACUUUUCCCCCACCCCCACUUUACCCAUUCCUCCGAGGAUGAGGAGCCCUACCUCGGUGCAGGAGAUCCAGGGUCAGUGGAUUGGAAUGGAGAGACAGGACCCACUAUAAAUAAUGAGUGGGUCACAAGAUCUUUCACCAGGGUAAUGGUAAGUUAUCACUCAGGUGAAUUGAUUGGCUGUGUGUGUUUAGUUACUUCUACCUUACACUGGUACCUUGCUUAGCAUUCAAGAUGUGUUCCUAGGAACAAGUGCAAUCAACACAAAAAUCAGUCAUCAUAGCACUAUAUACAAGAGGUGCAUUACCAAUGACGCUGCUGUCUAGAACUGAAUUUCCCCAGGGCUCAGGGUGGAGAGGCUACCAGAGGGGAAUGUUGUUGAAUGGACUGGAUUGAGCUCUGCAGUUGGGGAUACGUGGGACUCAGAAUUGAACCCUGGCCAGCACAGUGAUGUGGGCCUUUGUUGGGGCAACUAAUGAGCUUGCCACACAGAGAGAUCACUGGACUGGAGAGAGUUGUGUACCCAAAGAAAGAGGGAAACAGCAGCUUCCAUUGCAUUCAAGAGGUGGUGAUGAGGGAGACCAUAGGAUCCUGUCACCACGUGAAGCGGGUGGCUCCCAUCUCCAGCAAUGGCUGCACUCACUGUGCCAUUCAGGGUACCCUCCUGAGCCCCACAUCUCAAUGCUGAGUGGCCACACCGCUCCCCCAGUCUGCCCUCACAUGGUGAGCCUCGUAGUUAUUCGUUGCUGGGGAUACAUCGGUGGAGGGCAGGGACUCCCCAGCUUCUCCUGAGCGGAUGCCCUGUUUAUUGUGUGGACUGGUGGACCAAGAGCAAUCAGCACUCUGCAGGAUGGACUGAAGUGGGGUACCAGUACAUGUUCUCUCCAUUGAUUUGUUGUGGAUCACUGAAAGAGAUGCUGGAUCGUAGUGGGCAACGUCAAUGGAUUUUAAUGAGUUGUUUUUUAUAUUAAAGCAAAAACUGUAA